AAAAUUUAAAGAAACAGAGUGAUUCAUACACAAAAUAGCUAGUUUUAGCAUUUUUCUCUGCAAAUUUCUUUGAUAAAUAUUCCAACUUUUUUUAAUAUUCCCCCCAAAUUUUUUGUUAAUCCCCGCUUCUCUGUAUCCCAUUCUGUUAAUCUUCUGUUUUUCAAAAGACAAAAAUUUUGAUUUCUUGGUUGGUUUUUGUUCAAAAUCAAGAUUUUCAAACUGUGUGUAUAAAUUCUUGAAAUUCAGGCGAUUCAGAGUAUAGAUCCAGCUUCUUUUUUAAAUUUAUUUUGGUUUAUAAUUUAAAAAACUUGAAGAGGGUUUUAUUUCUUUAAGUUUCAUUUAAAUUUUCUUAAAUUUUCCCUUGAAAAAUGGCAGCAGCUAUAGAUAUUUACAGCAGCACCUUAUUUCCCUCAGUUAUAGAUCCAGGCAGAGAAGAAUUAAUGCAAGCACUUGAACCUUUUAUGAAAAGUGCUUCAUUUUCUUCAACUUCUUCACCAACUUCUGCUUUUUAUUUCCCAUCUUACCCUUGUCAUGACCAAUUAGGUUAUGACCAAAAGGGUUCAAUUGGUCUGAACAACCUAACCCCAUCUCAAAUUCUCCAAAUCCAAACCCAAAUCCACCACCAACAAAUUACCAAUUUGACCCAAAAGUUGACCACCCCCAACCACUUGGGACCAAAGGGUACUGUGGUAAUGAAACAAUCUGGUUCCAAGCCAGCAAAAUUGUACAGGGGAGUGAGACAGAGACACUGGGGAAAAUGGGUGGCUGAGAUUAGAUUACCUAAGAAUAGAACCAGGCUCUGGCUUGGUACCUUUGAUACAGCUGAGGAAGCUGCUUUGGCUUAUGAUAAAGCAGCUUAUAAACUUAGAGGUGAAUUUAGUAGGCUGAAUUUUCCUCAUCUUAGACACCAUGGUGCUCAUGUUUUUGGUGAGUUUGGUGACUAUAAACCUCUUCAUUCCUCUGUGGAUGCUAAACUGCAAGCUAUUUGUCAGAAUUUGUCUAUUGGCAACAACAAUAACAUCAGCAAACAAACUCGAAAAGUUGGUGCGGAGCGUAGUGAUGUCGAUUCGAAGAUGAAUGUAUCGCUGUCGGGUUGUUUGAAUGCGAAGAAGGAGAUGGAGGAGGUGACGAAUUCUUGCUCUUCCUCUUGUUCUUCGUCGGAGGACUCAUUUGCGGCAGGGGGGACGGCUUCGCCCGAGUCGGAGAUAUCGUUCUUGGAUUUCUUUGAUUCGUCGUCUUCACCGUGGGAUGAAUGUGAGAAUUUUGGUUUGCAGAAGUACCCUUCGGUGGAGAUUGAUUGGGCCGCUCUUUAAUCAAAGUUUUAUGCAGGGGGCGCUUAGUUCAGCUUUUCGGUAGCAUUUUUAGUUUUUACUUUUUAAAAAACUCCAUUUAAGUGUUUGGCGAACUUUGUUUACUUUUAUUUGUUUUUGUUUUUGGUGUCAAUAGGCAGGUUCUGCAAUCAAGUUUUUGGCAUUUGCAGAGCUGCAAUUAGGGUUAGUAUGAAGUAGUAUUGGUCAGAUCAGAUGUUACUAUGUCAAUAUUACUGUAAGAGUUCUCUGAAUCUGGUCAUGCUGGUCCUUUUUAUCCAUGCUUGACCAUGAGAGAGUUUAUUUGUGUCUGUAAUUCUAGUUCAGUGUAUUUAAUUUUAAGCUUCAUAUUUUUAAGUA